UCUCUCUCGCUGAGGUUCCUUCACUUCCAGUAUGGAGAUGAAUCGAGAAAAACUGUGUACCAGUAAGGCUGAUGUGAGUUCAGAUUCUGCUUACCAUUGCUCAACGUGUCAUGAUGAUGAGGAGUGGAGCAAUACUAGCCGGGGACGAGCUAAGUCACGAAGUUUGUCUGCUUCACCAGCCCUGGGAAGCACCAAAGAAUUCCGGAGAACACGCUCCUUGCAUGGACCAUGCCCAGUGACCACAUUUGGACCAAAGGCCUGUAUGCUGCAAAAUCCUAAAACAAUUAUGCACAUUCAGGAUCCAGCAAGCCAGCGGUUGACAUGGAACAAACCUCCCAAGAGCGUCCUUGUUAUUAAAAAGAUACGUGAUGCCAGUCUGCUGCAGCCUUUCAAAGAACUUUGUGUGUAUCUUACUGAGGAGAAAAAUAUGAUCGUGUAUGUAGAAAAAAAAGUAUUGGAAGACCCUGCUAUAGCUAAUGAUGAUAAUUUUGGACCAGUGAAGAAGAAAUUUUGCACCUUCAGAGAAGAUUAUGAUGAUAUCUCCAAUCAGAUAGACUUUAUCAUAUGCCUGGGAGGAGAUGGGACCUUACUUUAUGCUUCUUCGCUUUUCCAGGGUAGUGUACCUCCAGUUAUGGCUUUUCAUCUGGGAUCCCUUGGAUUUCUUACUCCAUUUAAUUUUGAGAAUUUUCAGUCCCAAGUCACUCAGGUUAUAGAAGGCAAUGCAGCACUUGUUCUACGAAGCAGGCUGAAAGUGAAAGUGGUAAAAGAGCACAGAGAGAAAAUGACAGUACAAAAUGGUAUAGAAGAAAAUGGAGUAGUGUCUACAAAUAUAGAGAAAGAAGUGGGCAAGCAAAUUAUGCAAUAUCAGGUCCUAAAUGAAGUUGUAGUGGAUCGUGGUCCUUCUUCUUACCUUUCCAAUGUAGAUGUCUUUCUAAAUGGACACCUUAUAACAACAGUGCAAGGAGAUGGAGUCAUUGUCUCCACGCCGACUGGUAGCACUGCAUAUGCAGCUGCAGCAGGAGCUUCUAUGAUUCAUCCAAAUGUUCCUGCAAUAAUGAUCACCCCAAUCUGCCCUCACUCAUUGUCUUUCAGACCUAUUGUUGUUCCUGCUGGAGUGGAACUCAAGAUUAUGCUCUCUCCGGAUGCCAGGAAUACAGCAUGGGUUUCAUUUGAUGGAAGGAAGAGGCAGGAAAUAUGCCAUGGAGACAGUAUUAGCAUCACUACCUCUUGCUAUCCCCUUCCUUCGAUCUGUUUCCGAGAUCCUGUGAGCGACUGGUUUGAAAGCUUGGCUGAGUGUUUACACUGGAAUGUUCGGAAGAAGCAAAAUAACUUUGCUGUUGAAGAAGAAGAAUUUUGAGUGUCUACAUCUAACAAGACUCAUGGGAAUGGAAAGUGGCAGUAUCCCUUCUAUAUGCUUGGGUUCUCAAGUUUUUGGCUGACAAGUGUGGUCACCAUCUCAGACAUACAUAGUGAUUAUAGUUUAUAUCUGUCUGAUCUGCUUGUGCUACUUCCUGUCCACCAAGAGCAGGAAUUGAAGAAAUUAGGCUCCAAUUGUUGUAAUCCAAUUUGAAUUUCCUUUAAAUGAGCACUCUGAAAAAGGAUUAUUUCUGAUUGGUAUUGACAACCACAUCUGUAGAUUUUUAUUGUAACCUAUAACUUACCAAUAACGUGGUAGGCUGAAUGUAGAUACAUAAUAGAAAAGUGGCAGUAGAAAAGUGGCAUUGAAAUAGUGUGUUUAAUUUGGUAUAUUUGUAACUCCAUUUAAGACUGCUAUGCAUAUGAAGGCUCUAAGAAAUUUUCUUUAAAAAAAAAAAGAAAAAGUUCCUCUUUGUUAGCUUAAAUGUCUUGCCCAAAAGAAGUCCCCAUCAAGACAGCGCUUAAAAUACUUUCUCCUUACUUGUGAAUGUGACACACUGCGAAGGUAACACCCAUGAAGAAUGUUUUUUAUGGAUAGAUGGAACUAGUAAAAAAAAGUGUGUGUGUAUAUAUAUUUUUAAUAUACAUAUAUAUCUUAUGCCCAUUUGAACAGUGUUUGACCCUUGGCUGUCAUCACUGUGUAAAUGUCCACAAAUAGCAUGGGCGAGCAUUAGCGUGGACUUAGUUGGUUAUUACAGUGAUCUCCAUUUUUGUAGCUGAGCUUACUUGUAGCUCUGCAGUUCCUGUUGGUGGGAAUCAUCAAUGUGUUGUUGUUUCUUAUUAUUUUUGUUUGAUUCUCUGGAAUAAAUGGUAGCAUUAGAGACUAUAAAGUAAAAAAAAAAAAAUUCUCCAAGUGUUCAAGAAGAAUCUGGACUUCAAUUACUACUAUAUUGUCUAGUUCCACUAUUGUCUUGAAGAAAAAGAAUAUCCUAUACUAGGCCCUGAAUGCCCUCAACUUCCAUAGAUGCCUUCCAACUCUUGGUGCCGAGUAAUACAGAAGGGGAUACUGCAUUGGUAGGCUGAUAAAUGAGAAGACACAUUCCCAGUAGAGUAGCAAUGGUGCCUUCAGCACACUCAAGAUAUUCUAAGUCUCGUAUUUACUUUUUUAAGAUGCUUUCAAAUGUUUCUAACUUCUCUAUGUACAUAUUUUAUUGUAUGUGCUUUUAUGAAAGAAAAAUGAAAUCCAACA